AGUUGUCCGAUUUCAAUGCCUUUCCUGUUAACAUACAUUGACGUCAGGACAGUAAAAUUUCCCGCCUGCUGAAUCCUGAUUGGUCAAUUCAAAUUUCAGGAGCGGCAGAUAUCCGGAAUGAAGAUACAUUGGAAGAACAAGGAUUAGACGGCAAGGAUGUAUGCGAUCGAAUAUUAUGUCCGACGGUACUGCAACGAAGGGCAUGAUAUCCUGACAGCGGCAGACAUGAGAAGGGCGCUUUCAGAGAGACCAGUAAAAGGUACAUCCGCAUGUGUCUGCGUAGUCGACGAGACCAAGAAGACCUUAGACGUGAACAAGGUAGAAGGAUUCAGCAAGCUACACAACAUCCAGCUUGAGGAAAAGGGUAUUCGUGUCUGGAGGUCGUAUGGAGUGGGCCGCGGUAAGGAGGUUCCUUUUGACGAGCUUGCAUCACUGAGCCAAGGGAACACUGGCCUCGUUGUAAGUGAAGAGUUUUUUUGAUUGCAGCGGUACGCACGUAUAUAAAUGCAAAGACACCACUACCGAGAGCUCAGUUUUGUCCGAUUCGGAAAUAGAUAUGUUUGAAUGCUCGGAGCCCGGAUUUAUUAAGAGUUUCAAAACCUUUUCAGAGCUCGAGUCACAUUUGGACAUCGGGGACCAUUGUGUGAAAGAGGAGAGGCAGUCUGAAACUCUCUAUGACAAGCUUCGUAGAGAUUGGGUAGACAUGUGUCAACAUAACUUAAGAUGCGACAUGUACACCUGGUUACCAGCAGAGUAUGAGCUCGUCGCCGCCGUUAGACCAAGCUGCUAGUAUGGGCUGGGCCUUACCCAAGCCACGUGCAGGAUCUUCGAGGUUCACCGGGAAGGUUAAAAACUGCCUUACGGCCAGAUUUGACCUUGGAGAGCAGACUAGGCGUAAAGCUGACCCUCAGCAGGUGUCCAACGAUAUGCGGAAAGCAACAGACGAGCGAAACAAUCGGCUCUUUGAUAGAAAGGAAUGGCUGACCAAAAGCCAAGUGCAGGGUUUCUUUUCCCGCCUUGCAGCGACCAGAAGAAGGCAGCAAGAUCCCACAGAAGUCAAUCUUAAUUCUAGAGACUUGUUGCGGGAGGAAGAAGAAGCCGAUAGACAGCACCUCAUAGAAGAGGUUACCCAGGAACUGAGGCCACAACACCCUCUGCCUUACGAUGCCUUCAACCUGUAUGAGUGCGCGAAAGAAAAUAAAUUGAGCCAAUUUAAUGUACCAAUGCUUAAACAAGAGACAAGAAGAAAGACCUGAUUGAGAAACUAAUGAGCUUUGUACAAGAAUGUGAUUGCCGAAGUUAAUUUUCAAUGAAGUGGAAUGAAUGCUAAUCAGAGUGCAAGCUCCUCGUUAUAUUCCAUUAUAGUUGUAACAUCAAAUCAAAGCUUGUAUUGGUGCAUACCAUGAAAAAAUAAAAAUUAACCUGCAGGCUCACCUGCAAACCCCCCUCCCCCUCCAAUUGAACUGAGUCAAUUGAAAAUCAGAUCUAAUGACGAAUGAACCGCCUUUUAGUUAACUAAUCAAAAGAAUUAUUCAGUAAAUCUAAGUAUUCUAAACAACUAAUACAAUUUCUUAACAUUAUAAAGCUCUUGGGACUGUUUCUUAUUUUACGCCGUCGAGAUGGUUCAGAGACGUUUGAGACACCCUUUCCAAGAUCAGUUAAGACCGGAUUUCGCGGGACCAUAAGAGUAGCUUUUGCAAAGAGGCUGAGACAAUUCUUUCCUCGGGUAGGAAACAAUUAUUUGCUCAGGCAUGAAACUUGUUCUGAUUUUCACAAUAUUUUUGAGAAUUUCUUUUACGCAGUAACAUUUUUUCCACAUUGACAUGUUGAAUUUUGAAAUAGAAUUGUUUCCGAUUGUACCCCAGCGAAAAUAAACUCAUGCAAAACCUUUUGAGCUAAAUUAACUUCAGCAGCUGAAAUUUCUCGAGAUGAGGUAGUUUUGGACAAAAGAGCCAACCUGGCUUGUCGGCUUAAUUCAAUUAAAGUGAAACGAACAACUGAAGCUUUGAAAGCAAACAUUGCGCUACCGCGUCGUGAGAAAUAAAAAGAGCUCACUAAGAAUAGCUUUUGCAAGGAGGCCGAGACAUUUUUUUCUCUCGGGUAAGAAACAAUUAUUUGCCUUAAAAAAUACAUAAAAGAAGUCAGGUUAAGCAUAUGGUCGUCUCAUCGUAACCAAAACUCACCCGGCUACAGUACAUAUAAUUUGCAUAUGGAUGGGAAAAAAUAUUCAUCGUUUCUGCUGUUUACAAUACCAAAUGAAGGUAGAUUUUUUCCGAAACAACGGCUAAAUCACGGAAAAUCUAAUUUAAAAUCCACAAUUUGACCUGUAGCGAGGAGCUCUGUAUGGCGCGCAAUGCAGAGUGCCCAUAAAUUUUAUUCUAUAUGUUUUUAAAUUGAUGUUAGUACUUUUGAGUUAUCAUUGAUUUGUUUCUAGAUCAGGUCCCACAUUUGAGAAAAUAGCUUUUAACUUUAGGUAUGUCACGCUUCACACAUUCCAGAG